AUGGCUAACUCUUUCUCUCUGGGUAUUGUUAAUGCCUUGUGUCCACCCUCUCAAAUUUGGAGUGUGAUAGUGAGGGUAGUCAGGCUUUGGACUGUGUACACAUGUAAUGGAAAUGGAGUACUAAAAUCAGUGGAGAUAAUUCUUAUGGAUCAAUAUGGAGGCAAGAUUCAAUGCUCUCUAAGGAGAGAAAUGUAUGUUAAAUGGGGACAAACAUUCAUGGAAGGGAAUGUAUAUAAGAUAACUUUUGGUCGGUUGGUGCCUAAUUUGGGACCUUUUCGUGCAACUGAACAUCCCUUCAAGAUUCUUCUUAAUCAUGAUUCUAUUGUUGUCCCAUGUGAGAACACUUUGAUUCCGAUGUGGGGUCUUUCUCUAAAGAAUUCAGAACAAGUAAAUAUGGCUUGUGGACGGUCAGAUUGUUUAGUUGAUUUUAUUGGGUUGCUCACAUGUAUUGUUGAAGAAAGGACUUGUGUUAAAAAAGGGAAGAUGUCUAAGAUGAUGAUCAUAGAGCUUGCUGAUGACAAGGGGAGAGUUCAAUGUGUUUUGUUUGAAGAGCAUGCCAAAUUUGUCACGGACUAUCUGUCUAUUCAUUCUACUGAAGAAGCAAUCUUGGUUUUCCAGUUAGCCAAAAUAAAAAAAUUCAGAGGGAAAAGUGUGCUUCAAGGUGUAGUGGGUGCAACGAGGCUAAGUUUUAACGCUCAAAUCCCGGAGGUUUUAUCAUUCUGGAAUGAGAUUAUGGUGACUGAUACUCAGUUUGCUGAUGAAGCUGGGUUUAAUAUGAUUGAAAAUUCUGUUGUUUCAGUGUAUGAUGAUUUUAUUAAGAAUCAUCCAAGAAAAACUGUGAAAUCAUUGAAUGAAACGAUUGAGGAUGGAGAUUUUGUUGUUCGAGCGAAGAUAGUUACACUUUUGGAAGAUGAUAGCUGGUGGUACCUAGCUUGCAAGUGCUCUCGUGCAGUUAUGAAUGAGAAUGGGCAUUAUUACUGUUCUGGCUGCUUUAGACUUGUUAAUUAUGUUGCUCUUAGGUUUAGGAUUAAGCUACAAGUCUCUGAUGGGGUAGAUUCUGCUGAUUUUGUGAUGCCCGAUUCAAUUGCUGAAAAUCUGCUAAAGAAAACAUGUAGUCAGAUGCUAAAUGAAGUUGAGGAUCCGAACUGCACUCGUGCUACCACUGUUAUGCAGGAAGGGUUGGUUGGAAGGGAUUUGCUAUUUAAGGUUGAGAAGAAUUUGGUUAAUGUGUACAACUUUGAGGAUCCAUAUACUGUGAAACGUGUUUGUGAUGAUUUUGAUCUUAUGGAAGUGUUUAUGGCAAAUUCAUCUGUUGAGACUCCCAUUAUGGCAAAGUUCCCCAGUUCAUUUUCUGAGUUGAACCUUGAUGAUUAUGAGAUAGAUAUGAAGUUAUUGGGAAGCCCUCCUGAUUUAGUGGUCCCUGUGAUUGUGAAGCCAGCUAUUGAAAGGAGCACUACAGAAUAUGGUGGUUGCUCAAAAUCAUUCAAGAGAAAGCUAGAGGAUGAAUUUGUUGUGGAGGAAGAAUUUCAGAAUGUGAAGUUUAAGGAGUGCAAGUAUGGAACAGAUUAG